AUGGGUGUUUCUGACAUUGUUAAUCGCCAUAAUGUGCGCAUAUGGGGAUCUGAAAACCCCCAUGAAUACCGUGAAAGACAAAGGGAUUCCCCAAAGACUUGCAAAGAGUUUUGUUUGUUUAUUGAUUGUGUCGGGCCAGUUGUUACUCAAUUUGGUAAGAGAUUGAUCACCUCUGCUAAUACUAACAAUGACAACUUAUCUUUGCACAUUAGACAGCAAAAUUCUCAAAAUGUUAAGGCACGACAAGUCACAAAAUAUUGGUAUGAAGAAAUCAAAUCAUACAAUUUCUUUCAAGAUCCCAGUUUGCUUCAUACUAGAGCAGGUCAUUUUACUCAAAUGGUCUGGCGAAGCAGUACAGAUUUUGGCGUUGGAAAAGCCAAAUCGAGAUGUGGUAAAGUCAUUGUUGUGGCUAACUACAAACCUGCUGGCAAUGUAAUUGGCGAGUUUCAGGACAACGUAUUCCCUCCAGUGAAUGAUAUGGAUAUCUUGAAUGAGAUUUGAUGUAAACAUGCACUUUUCUUGCCGUGAUAUGGAAGGUAAAAGUAACGAAAACAAACCAAGAACAAACCAUUGCAACGAGUUCUUUCCUGAAAGGAAUUUUUCCAAUAACUGCAUAAAGAAAUCCUUGUGCUUAAUAAUAAGUGCUAAAGUGUGCUUCCAGACAAAUUAAUUAAUAUUUUCAUUUGAAGAUUAUUUUGAAAAUAUUAGUUUACUGAAGAUCAAAAAUAUGGUUUAUAAUGUAUGUAAAUGAUUAUUAUUAUUUUAAAUCUUAAAAGAAAUUUUUAAAUUAUUUAUGAUAGGGGUGCAAAACUUGUGUCUCGGUUGUCAAAUGAACUGUCAACGCCCGUCCGCUUAUUUUCCAACCAAAAAUUGAUGGAAAAAAAUAUAAGAAGUUUUAUUACCGAGCUAAAAUUAACCUAAAAUUAAACUUUUAACCUAAGACAUAAAAUUACACUUUAAACAUACUAAUUCGAAUUCAGUAUUAAAACUUUCGACAUUUUUUGAAGAAAACUAUUCUUUAAACUUUAAUACAAAAACUGAAUAAGUGCUCAUUUAAAAAUUAAAGAUGCAAAUUAAUAAUUACACAGUAAAAA